UGUCAAAACUCCACGUAAGCGUUCUUUCGUUUCCGGCAUCUGAGAGUGCUAGGCAGACACAUUUCGUUUAAUUAAAAGAAAUAACUCUUUUAAUUAAGAAUCCGCCAAAAUGGUGAAGGCCAAGCGUGAAAAGAAGCCAAAGUCGGCUAUCAACGAGGUGGUGACACGGGAGUGCACCAUUAACCUGAACCGCCGGCUGCACAAGGUCGGUUUCAAGAAGCGGUCUCCGCGAGCCAUCAAGAUCGUGCGCAAAUUCGCCGAGAAGGAAAUGGGCACUACCGAUGUGCGUAUCGAUACCCGCCUGAACAAGGCUAUCUGGCACCGUGGCAUCAGGAACCCACCCUUCCGCAUACGUGUGCGCCUUUCCCGCCGCCGUAACGAUGAUGAGGAUUCGCCCAACAAGCUGUACACGCUCGUCACCUACGUUCCUGUGCCGUCGUUCAAGGAACUCCAGACCGAAAACGUCGAAUCGACGGAAGAUUAAACGGUGCGAGGCGAGGCUUUGUAAAUAGACAAGGGCUUCGUUUUGCGGGGUGAUUCUUUAAGUGAGAAUAAAGAGGUGCAACAAAAGGGAAAACAACACCGGAUUCCCGCUCUAAA